CAACGCGCUGAUGAUGGAGGACCAUUACGACGUUCUCGGGUGUCAAGUCAAAGAGCCCAGCGUUAGCUGUGAGCUGCUAUCCAGUCAGAUAAACAACCACGGCCAUCUCAUGAGGGACGGCUCUGACCACCAAACAGACUGAAGACAUUCACCACUCGACUUGAGCCUUCAAGCUAACACUAACGUCAAUUAAAAAUACUAGAGACUUGCAAAACAUGCACGAAAAUAAUGUAGCAAGCUAACUUUAGCCAACUGCCUAGCGCGAAACUGCUCAGAUAUGGACUGUGAAGGAUAUGGAGUCCCUUGUCCUCUGCCUAGUUUGGAUUCGCAGGAGGAUGCCAAAGACCCAGGGUUGCACACCAUCAGCCACACACACAUGAGGAAAGCCUUUCGUCUUAUGAAUGAUUUGAGAAGUAGGAGGAUGCUUUGUGACGUUCUGCUGGUGGCGGGUGAAGUGGAGGUACCAGCACACAGAGUAGUGUUAGCGUCCUGCAGUCCUUACUUCUGCGCCAUGUUCACAGGUGACAUGAGUGAAAGCAAGGCUCACCAUGUCGAGAUCAGGGAUGUUGAUGGACAGACGCUCUUGAAGCUGGUGGAUUAUAUUUACACCGCUGAGAUCGAAGUGUCUGAGGAUAACGUUCAGGUGUUACUCCCAGCUGCCAGCCUGAUGCAGUUGAUGGAUGUUCGGCAGCUUUGCUGUGACUUCCUGCAGACACAGCUCCAUUCCACCAACUGCCUGGGCAUCCGAGCAUUCGCUGACCUUCACGCCUGCACAGGACUGCUCAACCAGGCCCACGCUUAUGCCGAGCAGCACUUCACAGAUGUCAUGGGCGGUGAGGAGUUCAUGGCCCUCUCCUUGCAGCAGGUGUGCAGUCUGAUCUCCAGUGACAAACUGACUGUGUCCACUGAAGAGAAGGUUUUUGAGGCCAUGAUCGCCUGGAUAAAGCACGAUAAAGAGGCCCGUUUGGAGCACAUGCCUAAGCUCAUGGAACAUGUUCGACUGCCCUUGCUAUCCAGAGAUUACCUGGUUCAGAUUGUAGAGGAGGAACCCUUAAUAAAAAACAACAACACUUGUAAGGACUUUCUCAUUGAGGCGAUGAAGUACCACCUUUUACCUGCAGACCAGCGGCACCUUAUAAAGACUGACAGAACCAGACCGCGCACACCAGUCAGUCUGCCCAAGGUGAUGAUGGUCGUAGGGGGUCAGGCACCUAAAGCCAUCCGCAGUGUGGAGUGCUAUGACUUUCAAGAGGACCGCUGGUACCAGGUGGCUGACUUACCCUCCAGACGCUGUCGAGCAGGUGUGGUGUAUAUGGCCGGUAAGGUGUAUGCUGUGGGGGGGUUUAACGGCUCUCUGCGUGUCCGGACGGUGGAUGUGUAUGAUGGGCUGAAGGAUCAGUGGAGCUCCGUCCCCAGCAUGCAGGAGCGCCGCAGCACUUUAGGAGCGGCUGUACUGGGGGACCUGCUGUAUGCUGUCGGGGGCUUUGAUGGGAGUACAGGUCUGUCGUCAGUGGAGGUGUAUAACCCCAAGGCUAAUGAGUGGAUGUUUGUGGCUCCCAUGAACACCAGGCGUAGCAGUGUUGGUGUGGGCGUAGUUGACGGAAAGCUUUAUGCGGUUGGAGGUUAUGAUGGAGCGUCUCGGCAGUGUUUGAGUACUGUAGAGGAGUUUAACCCAGUCAGUAAUAAGUGGUGCUAUGUGGCGGACAUGAGCACUAGACGCAGUGGAGCUGGUGUUGGAGUGCUCAAUGGACAGCUGUAUGCUGCAGGUGGACAUGAUGGUCCUUUGGUGAGGAAGAGUGUGGAGGUUUAUGACCCUGCCUCUAACACCUGGAGCCAGGUGUGUGACAUGAACAUGUGCCGGAGAAAUGCAGGAGUGUGUGCCAUAAACGGUUUACUGUAUGUGAUCGGAGGAGACGACGGGUCGUGCAACCUUUCCUCUGUAGAAUACUACGACCCUGCUGCUGAUAAAUGGAGUCUCAUCCCCACCAACAUGAGCAAUGGCCGCAGCUACGCAGGGGUGUCAGUUAUUGACAAGUCAUUAUGACUAAAAGUCCUGGGCAGCAGGCCUCUUCACACCCGCCGAGGACUGAGCUGUGACAGACAGACAGUGAUUUAAUGCAGAAUCCAGAUGCUGACAGGUGCUUGAAGCUCUCAAAGCCUGACUGCCUCACACACACACACACACACACACACUGACUCCUGACCUCUUCCAGUCUCCAGAAAGUGCCAUUUAGCUCUGUUAUUAACAGAGAGGUCACAUGAUCGCCCCAUACUGUGGGUAAUGAGACCUCGUUUAUACAGGCCUGACUGGACUGAAUCUGCGUGUAAGGGACGACCUCAGGAUACGCCCUGUGCGGACCGACUGCUGUGGGGAUCUGGCUGUAGUCUAUGUGCAGGUGAAGAAUGUGCCAAUAGAGGCUUCUCUGCCUGCUUUACUACUGACUUACAACGCUCUGAACUAUGAGACUCGCAUAAGAUGUCACUGAUUCUACAGGCUAACACUAAUGCUUAUGACACCCUUUAAACUGGAUCAGGACUGGAUAUCACUGACUUCUGUUGUUUUGGUUACAGGGUUACUUAAUGUUUCAUGUUUGUAUGAAAAGUAAUAUGGGAACAAGCCCAUAAGUUGUUUUAACCAGCUGCUUUCGUGCCAUAUAGUAUUGAGGAUGUUAAACUGCUAAACAGAAACCAUAUAAAUCUCACAGGGACAAGGUGCGGUCACAUUAGCGUCAUUUCUGCAGAAUAUCACGUACUGUAGGGAUGUAUGAAGCACAGCUCACACACUUCCAAAACCAAGCAGGUUACGGCUACAAAAUCUGCUUGGAGAAAUCUUUUGCCCUCAUAAAAUUCCAGAUGGCGUGGAUUCCUAUUGAAAUGGCUGGAAUUUUCCCGUGAAAGUUUGCAGAACAACAAAGU